AUGAUUGACCAAUUCGUAGUUUUCACGUCUCAUGGACAAGUUCUAUACAGUUUUAGCCCGCAAGGCAAACGACUGGCCGAGUUGCAGGUCAAUAAAGUCGUUUCUCACUUGAUCACAACUCCGGCGAGAAAAGACGAGCUUGGUCAUAAAUACAUCAUUUUAAAGCUCGAUCAUUUUGUGGCUGCGUGCCAUCUGGAAAAGCAGCCUCCGAUCAUCUUUUUAACGACCUAUGUGGCUCAGGACCUCGAGUUGAAUCGAGAAGCUGAACAGGUCUUAGACCUUGGCACCAAACUGUGGGCUUCUUUGGGUCUGAAUGAGACAAUCGAGCUCAACCUUGGGAAAAAGGCUCCCAAGAAUGAACACAACUAUACCUGGGUUCUGGAGAAUUGCGACGAACAAAUUACAAAAUUUGACGAGUAUUUUAAGGCUAAAUUUAACACAAUCAAACCAGGAAAACUAAAGGGAAAGGAGCCUUCGCAAGUAAAUAGAGCAGGCUUACAAGCUACUAAACCCGGAAAGAAAGUUGUAUCCAACGCAAAAUCAAGAAAAUGGGGCCGGGAUGGUGUAAUGGAAGAUUCCCAUCAUGGGGACACAUCUGCACUAGAUUUUUCUGCCGAGGGAAGCUCCGAAUCGACUCCUAGCGCGGUGACUGAAGUGAAUAAAGAUUCUUUUGGGAUUAGAACUAAUAAAGGCGAAUUUCUUAUCAAGGAAAUUGAUGCAUUACUGAGUAAAAACAAAAGUGAUGUGGCAAAGAACGCCAGUUCUAGCGCCGGAGCUUUUGGUUUCUUGCAAAAACAUCUACUGGGUAAUAAAAAGAUUACCGAAGAUGAUUUGACCAAAGUUUUGGACAAACUAAAGCAUAAGUUGAUUACCAAAAAUGUGGCACCCGAGGCGGCUGAUCACCUCACCUCUCGAAUCUCCCAAAACUUGGUUGGCACGACCACUGCUAAUUGGACUAGUGUUGAAAUCACUGCAAGGGAGUCUUUACAACAAUCUCUCACUGAAAUCUUGACUCCCGGGGUAUCGGUAGAUUUACUUCGGGAAAUUCAGCAAAAAACUGGCUCGACUGCCAAGAAGGCACCAUAUGUUUUCUCGGUAGUUGGUGUGAACGGUGUUGGUAAAUCGACCAAUUUAUCGAAACUAGCUUUCUGGCUUCUCCAAAAUAAUUUUAGAGUGCUGAUAGUGGCUUGCGAUACCUUCAGGUCUGGUGCAGUGGAACAACUAAGAGUACAUGUUGAGAAUUUGGCGCAACUAACCGACGAGGCGCAUACUCGUGGCUCAAAGAAUAAGAGAGGUAAGACUGGUAAUGAUUUCGUUGAACUGUUUGAAGCAGGUUAUGGAGGUUCUGAUCUGGUCACAAAAAUCGCCAAGCAAGCUAUCAAGUAUGCAAAUGAUCAAAGCUUUGACGUAGUACUAAUGGAUACUGCCGGUAGAAGGCAUAACGAUCCAACACUGAUGUCACCUUUGAAGCCGUUCGCUGAUCAGGCCAAACCAGACAAGAUUAUCAUGGUUGGUGAAGCUUUAGUAGGAACAGAUUCUGUUCAACAGGCCAAAAACUUUAAUGCUGCAUUUGGUAAGGAAAGAAACUUGGAUUUUUUCAUUAUCUCGAAGUGCGAUACAGUGGGUGAAAUGUUGGGUACUAUGGUAAACAUGGUAUAUGCCACUGGUAUCCCAAUUUUGUUCGUUGGCGUCGGCCAAACUUAUACUGACCUUAGAACGUUGAGCGUUGAAUGGGCAGUCGACACCCUAAUGUCUUGA